UGUUUGCCCCACCCAUCUCUUCAACGCUAUCUAUCUCAAUGUAAAAUUCACUGAGAAAAGGAAAUAGUAGCUACAAAUACUCUGUCGAAAAGGAUUCAUCCGCGGCUAUUUGGGAGGCAACGCGCUCCGUCCACAGGGAAAUCGCUGUCAUUGUGGUUUUGGAUUUAUCUUCACGUUUCCAAAUGCACAUGUAUAGCCGAUCCACCACCCGAAUUCAAGAAGGAUACAAAGCGUAGCCUGACAGCGGACUCGGACUGCUAUAACCGGAGCUAUGUGCAUGCGAGGAUAAAUGUCCCUGUUUUCCAUCAAAGUGUUUUGAUCGGAGGCCAAUCGAGGAAUUUUGACAAUUUAUUCAUACGCUAUAUUCACCUCUUCCCCACCACCCACCCCCCAAAACUUUUCUUGGGUUUUUGGGAAAAUGGGUUGUUUGGGCAACAGUAAGACUGAGGACCAGCGAAAUGAGGAGAAGGCCCAGAGGGAAGCAAACAAAAAGAUAGAGAAACAGCUCCAGAAAGACAAACAGAUCUACAGAGCAACUCAUCGACUACUACUGUUAGGAGCUGGAGAAUCAGGGAAGAGCACCAUAGUCAAACAGAUGCGCAUUUUACACGUCAAUGGCUUCAAUGCUGAAGAGAAAAAACAGAAAAUUCAGGACAUCAAGAAUAAUAUAAAAGAAGCUAUAGAGACUAUUGUGACGGCGAUGUCUGCGUUGGCACCUCCGGUCCAGUUAGCUUGUCCAGCAAAUCGGUUUCGAAUUGAUUACAUCCUGAAUUUAGCCAAUCAAAAGGACUUUGAGUUCACAUCGGAAUUUUAUGAACACACAAAGACCCUUUGGCAGGAUGAAGGAGUGAGAGCUUGCUUCGAAAGAUCCAAUGAGUACCAACUGAUCGACUGCGCACAGUAUUUCCUGGAUAGGAUUGACACUGUGAAACAGAGUGAUUAUACUCCUACUGAUCAGGACUUGCUCAGAUGCAGAGUUCUAACUUCUGGAAUCUUCGAGACAAGAUUCCAAGUGGACAAAGUAAAUUUUCAUAUGUUUGAUGUUGGGGGACAGAGAGACGAACGCAGGAAAUGGAUCCAGUGUUUUAACGACGUGACCGCCAUCAUUUUCGUGGUAGCCAGCAGCAGUUACAACAUGGUGCUCAGAGAGGACAAUCAGACCAACAGACUCCAGGAGGCACUUAACCUGUUCAAGAACAUCUGGAAUAACAGGUGGCUUCGAACUAUUUCUGUCAUUCUGUUCCUAAACAAGCAAGACUUGCUGGCUGAGAAGGUUUUGGCGGGUAAAUCAAAAAUUGAGGAUUACUUCCCAGACUUUGCACGCUACACUACACCGGAUGAUGCAACACCAGAGCCAGGGGAAGAUCCACGAGUUACAAGAGCAAAAUAUUUCAUCCGAGAUGAGUUCCUGAGGAUCAGUACAGCGAGUGGCGAUGGUCGGCACUACUGCUACCCCCACUUCACCUGCGCCGUGGACACAGAAAACAUCCGACGGGUGUUUAACGACUGCAGAGACAUCAUCCAACGCAUGCACCUACGGCAGUAUGAACUCUUGUGAUCGCGACAGUGAUGACGGGACGCAAACACACCACCCGAACUUUCUAUAGGCCACCUGCCCUUACAUCACGCCCCAAUAUCAAACUGAUGAGUCCCCACCUCUUACACAUACGCACACAUGUGUAUGUA